CAAGCUCUCCUUUCAAGAAAUCUUCUCCACACAAACACAAGAUGAAGUUAUUAGGAUGGAUGCAUCGCAAGUUCAGGCAAAACAGCGGCGAUCCCCACAAAGAUUUUGUCAUUGGCCAACCACUCAUUGAUGACCAACAAUAUUUCCCAAGAACAAGCAUCAAUAAACCAUUCAAACAAGCCCAAAAGGACCUGAACUCAUCAAGGCUAGAUCAAGACUAUGAAGAUGAUGAACCACUAGCCUCUAUAUCUGAGAUCUUCCCUGGCUUCCUUGCCAUUGGAACCCUAGGCUCAUCAGACCCAGCAACCCCAAAAUUCUCCAUCUCCAUUGACUACAUAACUGAAACAGAAACCGAAGUCACAGAGAAUGAACUGAAGCUCAUCAGCGAAGAGCUAGAGAAGGUGCUCGAUGCCGAGGCAAAAGACGACACCGGGUCAAGACGAAACAGCCACGGGAGCACUGUCAAUUCCAACAGUAAAGUAUUGGAAGGACCUGAGAACAAUGGCAGCACUGCCAUUUGCCCGCUUCAAGGGUAUUUGUUCGGGUCAUCGGUCGAGUUUUCGGAAACGACAACGGUGGCAAAGAAGGAGAAUCGAACGUCGCUCGGAGAGCUGUUUCAGAAAAGCAAACCAUCAGAGGAUGAGAAGGAUGAUCAAAAGCAAGUAGAGAAGAAAGGGGAUAAUAAGCUGUAUGGGAUUCAAUUGAUCAAAAGAAAGCUGAAGAAAAAGAUGCAUAAUCCAACAGCUUCUGGUGAUGUCUUAACUGUUUCAACUGAUCAAACCAAACUCUCCAAGAUUCGUAAUUUGUUCAAUAGAAAGGUUUAUCCUGAGAUCACUACAAUGGAGAAAGAAAAGUGGGAUCAAAAGGCCCAAAAGAAUGACAAAAAGAAGAAGGCAGCCAUUGAUGGAGUUCAUAAGAACAAUGGAGAUAGAGGGUCCAUCAUGAUCUUUCCAAAAAAGCUCAUUUUCAAGCAACCCAGCACCCACUCAGAUGAUGAUCAUGAUGAUUGGAACAAGGAGCAAUGGAUCAAAACUGAUGCAGACUGUAAGUGAAUGUAUCUAUCUUUAUUUCCGGCUUAUCCAAAUAAAUUUCAAAUUAUCGGUUUAGUCUCUAAGUUUGAAUUUCGUGUAUUUUCUUAAACGUUCAAGUAUUGUCUCUGUGUUUUGAUUAAAGUUUAAUAGACAUCCGUUUGUUUGUGAGAGAAAUAAAAUUUCCUACCUAUUAAGUUGUUUAUA